GGAAGAUAAACAUCAAAAACAGAGAAACAUACAGGUCAUAAGCAAUGGAUUCUAGCCAGCGCGAAUUCCAGAUCUUUCUACAAUCUUCCUCUGUUCUCUGUGGGUUCGCGCCUUUGCUCUUAUAUUCUUCUCCUCCAUUGCCUUUCAUGAUAUCGUAAUCAUCUCAUAAUUCAAUUUUUUUUUUUCUUUUUAUCUUCCUCGGCUCUCUCCCUUUGCAAGACUUGUAAAAUGGCCUCUCAGUCUCAACUUGCUGAAUUAUCUUCCGCUUUUGAGAGGAUGUUGAGGCGUAGAGAUCUCUCUUUGUUUUUGCCCCUCAUCUUGGGCAUUACCGGCACCAACCCAGAUCAAGAAACGCCGCAGACGACCAACCUACACGAAAGAAUAAUCCUUAUUAACCCUUUCACUCAAGGGAUGAUGGUGAUUGAAGGAGCUGGGGACUUGGGUUCUCUUCUUAGAGAGUUAGCUACCAAGAAUGGUCAACCUCCUGCCUCAAAGGCAUCCAUAGAGGCCUUGCCUAGUGUAGAGAUUUCAGAAAUUGGUGAUCGUGAUUGUGAGUGUGUGAUCUGUUUAGAGGAGUGGGAGCUUGGUGGGUUGGCCAAGGAGAUGCCCUGUAAGCAUAGGUUUCAUGCUCAUUGUAUAGAGAAGUGGUUGGGGAUUCAUGGGUCCUGCCCUGUUUGCAGGUAUAAGAUGCCUGUUGAUGAGGUGGAUUUAGGCAAACAGAGGGAGGAAGAAGAAGAAGAAGAAGAAGGGAGAGAGAGGAGAAGAUUUGAAAGAGAAAUUUGGGUCGGUUUUUCUUUCAACAGGAAUAGGAGAAGUGAGGAAUCAAAUCAACCUUCAGCUAAUUCUAAUGAUGAUUCUUUCUCAAGUCCAGGACUUGAUCAAGUAAUGGAAGGUUAGAAUUGGAGAAAUUUGUAGCAAGAUUUUUGUGUAUGUAUCUUAUUAAUAGCAUGUAUACAAUUAUCAUUUGUAUUUCAUCUUGGAUCAAAAAUGAAAUAUAUAUAUGUGUGUGUGUGUGUGUGUGUGAAGCAACUUUCAAUUCA